AUGUCGCUCCACGAUUCGCCGCCUCCGUCACCCACUUUACCUGCAUAUACAUCGUCAUUCAAAUUUUCAAGAGUCUUAAUGCGUCUUCCUCGUAUAUCUCUUUCAAAAUGCCUUAUUGCGUUUUUCUAUCAUUUGAUGUUGUUUUGUAUUUGUUUAAUACCGAUAUUGGUUAUGGUUACUAUAAUCAAAUACAAGAUGAUACCGGAUCAAUACGAUUACUCGCAAGUGACAUUUGAUUGGAAAAUAGAUCCAAGAGGAUAUUUGAUCCCGAUGAAUGGAUCGAUCGGUACGCAUAACGACAGUGGGGGAGUGGAAAUAUUGUUGGAUGGACAUGUGCAUACCACUCGAUCAGAUGGAAAAUUGAGUCCAGAACAGGUUAUUCAAUGGGGAAUAGCUAACGGAUAUAACGCGAUGAUUGUCAGUGAUCACAAUACGAUUAAAGGCGGUCUGGAGGCCAAAGAAAUAGCAGAGACGAAAUAUAACGACUCUAUCAUUAUCAUCCCUGCCGUUGAGUACAGCAAUUGUCGUAUCCAUAUGAACCUAAUUGGCUUAACACAAGACAUCCCAUAUGGCUCAGCUGAACCGUCUGACGAUGAAAUAAAGCAGAUUAUUGAUCUAACGCACGAGUUGGGUGGGCUAGUAUCUGUUAAUCACAUUCCGUGGAGUAACAAGACUGAAAGCGGAUAUGAAGUGGCGACACUACCAAAUCAUCCGACACGCGAACAGUUGGUUGAGUGGGGAGUAGAUGCCUUUGAACUAAUCAACGGCGGAACAUUCGACAUGCAAACCUAUCUGUAUGUCUCCUCCUUGUCGCAUUCUCCUCCAUUAUUUUUUUUAUCGGGAACAGAUCUGCACUACCCGAAUACCCCAGCUUACGCCUGGACGCUUCUUUCAACACCGUCCUUCACCAGCGAAUCCCUUUUUACAACUCUUCGUUCCCGCCCAUCGACAUCGUUUCUUUUCGACCCGGCCGGCACGCGCUUUAUAUCUUAUCCACCUGAACGAUCGUCAUACUACGCUUUACUUCCGCUUAUGGAACUAGCCGAUUACUGGACAAGUUUUUAUGAAGAGAGCCGAGGAAUGUACUCAUUCAUGGGAAGCUUUUGUCAUGAAAGGAAGAUGUAUUAUGUCAAGACAGUAGAAAAGAAAGAAUACGUGGUAGUGGAAAGAGUUGUAACUGAUAGAAGGAUCAUAGAUAAGGAAGAUGGAAUGGGAAGGGAGGCAUUAAGGAAACUGGCAGAACUAAAUGUCUACUACGCGCUCGCCAGAUUACUUUCCUCUUCUCCAACCACGAUCGCAUUCUCCAAACUCGCUCCACAAUUCGCUGUCUCCUCACCUGCAUAUCCAUCGUCAUUCAACUUUUUCAGAUGA